AUGAACCACCCCUCCUCCCCAUCCUGCCCUGAACCAGAGGAGGGCGACAGCCAUGAGCCGGGGGAGUCCUGGAGGGAGCUGGGCAGGAAGCGGCACCGCCGGCUGCCCUCCAAGAAGAAACGCGCCUGGAAGCCGUACAGCAAGCUCACCUGGGAGGAAAAGAAGCGUGUGGAAGAGAGGGAGUCGCAGCGAGCGUCCAGGAUAAGGGCCGAGAUGUUCGCCAAGGGCCAGCCGGUGGCCCCUUAUAACACCACUCAGUUCCUGAUGGAGGACCACGACCUGGAGGAGCCCGACCUGCCGCCCCUCCACGUCAACUCGGACAGCACAGAGGAGGACGAGGAGGAGGAUGGCACGGGCAGCGACGGCAUGGCCAGCGACGACGGCUCUGAGUUCCUGCAGAAGGACUUUUCUGAGACCUACGAGAAGUACCACGUGGAGAGCCUGCAGGACAUGAGCAAGCAGGAGCUGAUCCGGGAGUACAUGGAGCUGGAGAAGUGCCUGAGCCGCAUGGAGGAGGAGAACAACCGCCUGAGGUCCCAGCAGGCCGACCCCUCCAGGCUUCGGGAACUGGAGAUGGAGCUGGAGAAGCUCAAGGAGGAGAACCGGCGGCUGCUGAGGGAGCAGGUGGUGGCUGACCCUACGGGGCACUGA